AUGUGUCAUCCUGCAGACCCAGCCACCAUCACCACCCCCGCUUUGACCAGAUCGACCAAUGGAAAGAUAUCAAUCGGUACCGAAUACGAACUGUUCGUCAGGGUCCAGAAAAACGGCCAAUCCGAUACGAAGAUGAUGCGGAUGUCGUCAAAGGGUCGGGUCGUCCCCAUGGAGCUAAACCUCGACAAGCUGGACUUUUCCCUGCUCAAAACCCUGGUAAUCCAGCACCUAGGAAACAUCAACGUGCGGAUUUAUCCAAUUGAGAUCAUUGCCGCGCAAGCAGACCGGGCAUCUGCCCUUGAGUGGUUGUACAUCAUACUGGAGCCGGGCGAGUUUGACCGGGACACAUCAACAUUGGCCAAGGAUAAUGGCUCGUUUAAAUCGUUUGUCAAUGCCGCGCACAAGUCCUCUAAAGAUGCGGAGAUCUCCUUGAUCCUCAACAUGGAAAAGGACAAUCUUGCCACUGUGACUGUGGUAGUUAGUGAUUCGCCCCGCGAGCCUGCCGGCGGCGCCGCGGUCUCCUUCAACUUGAACGCCAAAUCAAACAAACGUGCGAGCGCCGACCAUUCUGCCAAUCGUCCUCCACCUCCGAAGAGGCAGAAUCCUGGGCUCCGGCCCCUUGAACUCACAGCUUGCCUUUUCACUCCUCCUUUCUCCAUGUCUCAAUUUCUGUUGUUCAUCCGGGGAUACUCACUGAAUCGAAAUUUCAUCGCUGGACGACAUUUUCAAGCAUCGGUGUAA